AUGAGUGAAAUUGGCGAGAGCUUCAGUGAAGAACCGAAAAAAAGCAAUAGAGGAAGAAAAACGAAGAAAAUUAAUAUUCUACCGGAAGUAAGCUUUAAAAAAGGCAUCCGUGGAGAAAAUCGUUCUUAUAUGCAAAACACAAAAGGCGUCUGUCUUUUUUAAGGGUUUCCAUGCGGGCGGGUGAGAGUCCGGGCGAUUCACCGUCACGUCAGAUUGCAACCGGGCGGGGACCACCCGGUAGAGCAAAAAACACCAGCAGGGAAACAAUUUUCUUGACGACUGACCGGUGGAAAGGACCCUUAUUAGAAUAAGCAGACUUGCCCGGUCGGCCCGGGAGGAUGCACCUAAAAAUUCAAAGCGAACUAGAACUUCGAAACGAACAUAAUUUUAUAGACUUAAAAUUUUAUAGACUUAAAAAGGCAAUGUUAUAGCAUAAAAACCUGUUAAAAAAUAGAAAUUGCUGUUUAAAGUCGCAAAAUUUUCACAAAAAUUACGAAAAUUUUCUCAAGAGUGGGCGGAGCCGGGCCGACCGGGCCGGGCCGGGCCGACGAUUUUCUGGCCCGGGAUUUGGCAAGUCUGAGAAUAAGUGAUGUGUCCAGAGGGAAAACAUUUUUAAGCGUGUGAAUCUGGAGAAAACAUGAUCUGUUUCGGAAAAUUUGAACAGCAAUUUUCUGCUGAAAAAAUUGAGAAACAUCGGGGAGCAAUUGCUAAAGUCUGUGCUUUUGGAAUUGAUAAAGUUUACAGACCGGAAUUCUGACUCCAGAAGGCUAUCCGUUCUACCACGUUCAUUGCGUUCUACUCACAGAAGAACAGUAUAAACGAGUUGAAGAAAACGGUAUUCUUUUUUAGAAGCGAAAAAAAUAAUCGCCACGGUCUCCAGCGCUUACAAUGGGCGCAAGUGCGCCCCGCCAAAUAAAGCGACAUUUUGGCGCGAUUGUUCCCAUAUUGUAAGCUCUGGAGACCGUGUAUCCAGAAAAUAUUGUGAAAGGCCUAUAAAAAUUACCUUAGAAAUUAAAUUGCAGGGGUAAAUCUACGCACAAAACGACCGUUCACAUUAGACGAAACUGUGCAAAUAUUCAACAAUUGGAAAGAAUUCGCCGAUGAGCACAAUUUGAAGCGGUACAAAGCGACAGAGUACAUUAGGGCGAAAGUGAAGGACAAAUUCGAGCGAUUACAUCAGACAGAACAUCAUUUUUGGCCUAAAUUAUGUUAGUUUUGCGUUUACAAGAAAACAUUUUUCUAUCAAAACAUUUUAACAUUUAUAGGUAAAGGAUUACCACAUCGAGCCGGCGUUCGUAUCAAACUCCGCGCCGAGAAAAUGAUGACAGACUCGUUUUUGAAAGGUUUUUAAAAAAGUUUCGAAUAAAGAAAACAAUUUCUAGACCUAAACUGGGACGAUCCGGCACCUCAAAUUUCUGCCAGAUAUUUUGCUCAUGAUGGAUAUGACGCGAAAAAGCUUCAAAUUGCACGAAAAUUGGCAGAAAAGGGAUAUUCGUCGGAAUAUAUGGCCGAAUAUCUUGACUUAACGGUGGCCAAAGUGAUUGCGAUUAAGAAUAAACUGAAAACGUUUGACGAUAGAGACGAUCCGAUGUUCCGGAAACAGUUUUUUGGUGAGAUUGAUUCUAUCGGUUUAUCCAUUAAAAUAUUGGAAAAAAUAUAGACACAGCUAUAGCAGCUGCUAAAUAAGCAUUUGCAGCCCCUUUCGUCGCUGCUCUCAUAAAUUUACCUGCUUAGAUCACAAACUACAGUUUUUGGGCGCUUCUCUCGUGAAUUCGGGGCUGCUUACUUUACAAACUACACUUUUGAUCGACUUAAUUUUAAUAUUUUCCUUCUUCCAGAUUGUGCUCUCUCAUGCGGCCUGGAUUCUGAAAAACUUCGCAAUCGUCUUGUAAAGAGAAACGAAGAAAAGUAUAAAAAAGUACAGGGACAAGUUGAUAUCGAAGAAUUGGCAAUGAAAAUGAAAGUUUCGGAGACCAGAAGUGCAACACUUUUAGAGGAACUUCUGGAGAAAAUUUGGAUUUCAUUCCGGAAGAGUGUGGACGAAGGAAAAGGCGAGGAAGAGGCGUUCAAGGAGGCGAUGAAAGUGGUACACUUUCGACACUUUCGUAUAAAAUGAAACAUAUUUUAAAAUAAUUUCAGACUAGUUCAAUGCCAUUUUUGACUUUUGAGCAACAAGUCAAAGCUCUCGAGAUCUUCUGUCUUCACAUGGAUAAAGCGGAUACCAGCCUUACUUUGGCAAAAACAGAGGAAUUCACACAAAUGUGAGGAAAUUUGCGAUUCGCGACUUAAAAAACAUUAAUUACAGAUUACAUAUUCACAAAAUAACCGGAUUCUCUUGUAACAUGCCUGAACAGCAGUAUUUGCAUAAAAGGAUCUGUAAAAAUUUAAUGAUACCGUGAGUUUUUCUCUCAGUGUCUUUUUUUGAGCAAAAAAUAGUUCUCAGAUUGGAAGAUAAUCUUUUCCAACAUUUGCGUCGUAAUUUCCCUUUUCGACUCAAACUUCACUGCCUCUUGUGGAGCUGGAAGAAAUACGAUGAAUGGGAAACGUUGCCAGUCGGAACAGGUUUGAAUAUCUUUUUUGAAACCAAAUGAAUUAUUUUGCAGACGAGACCCGCUAUGAGGCAGUGCUCCGCUCCGAGCUCUCUAAUCCUUUGGCGACGAAACUUACGAAGAAAUUUUUGAAAGAUAAACUGGUUGCCGAAUGGAUUAUGGUACAUUUUUGUUGUUUAAAAACUGAGUUGAAUAGAACGAGAGCAGCGCAUAGACGUGUAAUUUGUAGUGUAAACAGCCCUGAAUUCACGAGAGCAGCGGCCAGAAAGUGUAGUUUGUAGUGUGAAUAGCUCUAAAUUCACGAGAGCAGCGCCCGAAAUGUUUAGUUUGUAGUCUAAGCAGCCCUGAAUUCACGAGAGCAGCGCCCAGAGAGUGUAAUUUGUAGUGUAAAUAGCCCUGAAUUCACGAGAGCAGCACCCAAAUAGUGUAGUUUGUUUUACAGGAGCCGCGCCCAACAAAAACAUGGCGUAACAAACCGCACCUUCGAGUUGAGGCCGGUUACGAAGCGUUCAUUCUUUACGCUCAUCAGAGGUCGUUCAAAUUCCCGCAGAAACUGCAUCAUCUCACUCCGAAUCCUCCAGGAGCUGUUCGGAAAAUUCUGGAAGAAGAAUCGGACGAUUCAGAAUAUUUGACGGCGAAAGAAGUAAAAGAAGCGGUGAAAUCGGCGACAGAAAGUGCGUUGGGCGUGAAAGUGAAAACGAAAUUGUGCGUGAUGAAAGACGAGCAGGCUGGAUGCUCCGACGAAGAUUCCGAAGGUCCAGACGACGUGGAUAAGAUUCUGAAGCAUGCACGUCAUCUGAAAAAGAAGUGGAAACAAAAAGAACGCCUGGAAAUCGACGAAAUUGUGCAGAACGCGGAUCCGUCGGGACUCCGCAAAAAAUUCCAGAAAAAAGAUGUAGAAGAAGAUGAGAAUGCGGAAAAUUUGAAAGUUUCGAAAAAGUUGCUGAAAGAAAAAAAGGCGAUGGAGAAAGCGGCGAAAGCAAAGAAGAAAGCGGAAAGUAAAUCGACAAAGCUGAGAAUUACUUCUAAAGAGUUUGUGACGACUUCUGACGACGAUUCUGAUGAGGAAGAAGGUUCGGAAGUUGUUCAUGCCCGAAAGGAAAUAAAAAUGAAAGAACCGAACGCACGAGAAGACGUUCCGAUAACGGUUGAGGUGAAAGAGUCGAGAAAACGACGGACCAGUGAUGUUGUGGAUUCCGAAGAAGUUCCGAGCACUUCAAAAACGAAAAAAAUCGAAAAAACGUCAAUCAAACUUCGAACUCGAGCAAAUAAUGAAAAAAGAGAUGAAAAUUAA